GUGGAGAAGUAGAAGGAGGGAUUUGUCCUCAUGGUUAACGACAUCUUUCUUUUUCUUUUUUUGUGUAAUCCAGACAAACCUCCACUCUGAAAUCUGAACCUGCAGAAGUGCUGUGCUCCACCAGGCACUCGCCACUCUUCUUUGCUCCUCUGAGAAGUUCACUUUUUCCAGACUGGUUUCACUCAUCCUCCCUCAGAGGGGAUUUCAACAGAGACACGUCUCCUGCCGCUGUGCACGAUCCCGAGGGAACACGAUGCUCCCGAUGGCCCUUCACCACGUCGGUCUGUGUGUGGCGUUUUGCCUCAGCAGCAGUCUGGCCACGCCGCCGCUGUUUUACAGUUUUCUGGAGGGAAGCACAGAUGAAGAAGACCUCAGUAACUUAAACUCCUCUCUGCCCACCAGCAACCUCUCCUCUGUAUACCAAACCACACCGGUGGACACAGCCCAGGAGGACACUGACUUUCUGAAGAAGCUGCUGGUCUUCCUGGAGGAGAACAAGCUCCUCAUCCUGGUCGCAGGAACUCUCACCCUGCUGGUCUUCUUCAUCAUCUGUGGGUCGAUUUUCAUGAGCCGAAGACGCAAAGUCAACUCCUACUACCCUUCCUCCUUCCCCUCAAAGAUGUACGUGGACCAAAGGGACAAAACCGGAGGUGCCAAACCUUUCAACGAAGUGCAAGAAAAAGCAUCUACUGAGCAGGAAAGUGAGCCGGUGGACUCUCACAAGCAGCUCCAAGCUGACAUCAUGAGAGCUGCCAGGAGCCUUCGCACACCAAAUAAAUCUGCUGAUGCUGUGGAGAGAAGUGACCCCAGUCAGAAAGUAGCCGAGGACAGCUCCAAACCAGAUGUCAGCAUCCUGGACCAGCAGCUUCCAAGCCUCCCUGAGGAGAAGGAGCUGUGUGAGGUUUCUGACAGUGAAGCAGCUGCAGCAGCAGAGUCGAGUCCUUCAGAGCAGCUUCGUCCAGAGAAAGAUGAAUCACAGGAGCCUUCCAAUGGCAAGAGUCUCCGGCCCUCAUCUCUGCACAUUCACAAUGACUCUGCCACACUUCAGCUAAUCGCUGGAGAGAAAACUGCCUUCUAAGAAAUCUAAACAAGUUUCCUAAUGCUUGUGGAAAACUGCCCAGCUGGCCUCCAAAGAUUUCUACAGGUUUACGGAAGCAAAUGUGGAAAAGUUACACUCAAAAUUUCACGAUUUCCUUCGGUGCUGAGCAGUUUAACACUCAGCAGCCUGUUUGCUCUGGAUUAAAUAUAGCAUUCAUGCAAUUUUGUAAACAUGUUUAAUGGCAUGAAAAACAGUUGAUCUGCUGGGGUGAUUUUUGUGCUGCUGGAAAUUGUAUAGUUUGUCUACAUCCUGAAACAUUCCUGCAUGUGGGUCGCUACCAGAAACAAUGUGUGGUGUGGACCCAGAUACUUCUGUGCAAAACAUUGCACUGACUCAGAUCAGUUUUUGAAUCUUAGCAAGUAGAAAACCACUUCCUGAGAUUAGUGGUGGGUUUACAUCUAAGAAGCAGCCGUAUAUAGAUGGAAGUAAUAGCACUUAUAAAGACUGUAUUUCAUUUAGGUGAGCUAGUUCUUCAAUCACAGUAUAAUGUAGCGCACUAAAAUGGCAUUAAGAAAGAGGUUCACUUGUGUUUUUCUAUAAAUGACAGUUAAAAAUAUCUUAUAAAGGACAGUUAUUCAGGUUAUUUAAGUAAUAAAUUGGAUUCAAAACAA